AGGACACCGUGCCAGGGACAUUCACUGAGGAGGUUGUGACUCAGAUUGAGAAGGCCGACAAGAACAGAAAACCAGGGUCGUCCAGCCUGCGAGAAUUACUGUACAUGGGACACGGGAUGAAGCCAGGGACGAAAUGGCCCCAGCAUGGGAAGCGGCGGCCCGUGUUCAAGGCAUCCUUGACAGACGCCUACGGCCUUGCUGGCGCCAGACUGGCGCACGUCGUGGUGGAGUUGAACAGCAAGAGGGAGUGGCAGGUGAACUGGUCCCUCAGCUCAAUAUUCAAACUGCUACCAGAAGAUGACGGGCAAGAGAAGACCGAGGUCGAGCACCGCCCGUCGGGCACGAAGGCAACCAUUGACAACGCCAUCCCUGUUGGCACGGAGUGGCGCAUCGAGGAGCCGUGGAGUGAGCUCUCUGCAGUUCUGAAAUACAGCAGAACCACGGUGCCCCUCGCUGAGUUGUUCGAGGAGGCCGCGGUGCAGGGCUGGCUCUCCCACACCGCCACCGAGAGGUUCGCCGCGUCGGUGGCGCGCGCCAACAUCCAGUUCCUCCCCCCGCCAGCCGCGGCAGACGCUGCCCCGGCGGCCGCGGCAGCCCCGGCGGGCGCAGCAGCGGGCUCGGGCGAUGCGCCCCCGCCCCCCCCAGGACGCCCCGCGAGGGAGUAGGCGAUCACCUUGUCAGUGCGCGCCCGCUGAGAGCUCGAGUCGAGCUCUCAGCGGGGGGCCGCUGGGCGUGCCGCGUAGCAUGAGGGCUUGUGCGUCCCGAGAGGCCACGUCGGCUUCGCGGGUCGCGUUUUUGUAAAGCCCAUGCGCAGCAGUGCGUUCCUGGUGUCGCC